GCCAACUAUCACUUUGACAACAGUUUCUUUUACUACACCAAAAUUUUACAGCAGAGCUACAUUUUAUAUUAAUUUACAGGGUUAAAUCGGUUCAUAUUUUUAACAAACGAUAUGGGUGAUGAGGAAGCUGCGACUCUUGAUGGUCAGUUCUUUGAAUUCUCCAAGCUUUUGGACAACAAGCGGAGCGGCUUAACAAUCACACUUUACCGCUCCGAUUUCUGGAUGAGGCAAGCUAAAAUCUUGGACGAUAGAAAAGUAACCAUGACGGACACUGGAAUUCUUUUCAAUAAAUACAGUAAAUCCGAACUUGAUUUCGACGAGUGGUUAGCUUUCAUAUCGGACCUCUGCUUGCUGAAGGGCUUGAACGAAGAGAAGGUCCAAGAGCUGUUGACCAACUGUGGGCUUCCCGGUCAAAUUCCUGUUUUGGUACCACAGUACAGGGACUUUUAUCUCACUUAUAAACCCAAAGAAAAAAUGGCUAUGUAAUGUCCGGCAUUAUUUCUCGAAUUGUUAAUUUACUUUUUUAUACUUAAUUCAUUGGAUUUGGAACAUAUUAACUCGUACCUGGACAGUGAACUGCUAUAGCCGUUUUGUGAUGUCAAUUGUAUUAGAUGUAUUUUUAGAUUGUCUAUUGGAUUAUUAAAUAUCGAUUUUAGUCAUAAUA